AUGGACAAUAAGGAAAUGUCUUCAAAUAUGGACGAUAUUUUUAACCGCGAAAUCCUUGCAACACCAUCUAUAAGAAACCAUCAAAGAAAGCAUAGAAAUCAUCUUAGAAGGCAACGAAACGCAUACAUUUCAUUUCGAAGACACCUUCAGCAUAAUGCAUUUAUGAAUAGGAUCGCAAGGAUCCCACCUCAAAGUUCGAAUAAUGCGUUGAUUUAUGGAUUUUUUAAUGGUUCCCAAUUCAAUUGA